AAGCCUUCCUAGGUUGGCCUGGGAGCUGAGCAGAGAGUCAUGGGGUCUCUGGUUCUGCCGCUGAGCGCCGUCUUCUGCCUGGUGGCUCACUCGGCUUCUGGCAGCCCCAUUAUGGGCCUUGAGCAGUCGCCCCUGGAAGAAGACAUGCCCUUCUUUGAUGAUAUCUUCACGGAGCAAGAUGGUAUUGACUUCAACACACUGCUGCAGAGCAUGAAGAACGAGUUUCUCAAGACGCUGAACUUGUCGGACAUUCCUGUGCAGGACACGGGCAGAGUGGAUCCACCAGAGUACAUGCUGGAGCUCUACAACAAAUUCGCCACAGACCGGACCUCCAUGCCGUCUGCUAACAUCAUCCGGAGCUUCAAGAACGAAGAUCUGUUUUCUCAACCAGUCACUUUUAAUGGGCUCCGGAAAUAUCCUCUCCUCUUCAAUGUGUCUAUCCCUCACCAUGAAGAGGUCGUCAUGGCUGAACUGCGGUUGUACACGCUGGUGCAGAGAGAUCGCAUGAUGUAUGAUGGCGUGGACCGUAAAAUUACCAUUUUUGAGGUACUAGAGAGUGCAGACGGUAGCGAGGAGGAGAGGAGCAUGCUGGUCUUAGUAUCAACAGAGAUCUACGGAACCAACAGUGAGUGGGAGACAUUUGACGUCACAGAUGCCACCAGACGUUGGCAAAAGUCAGGCCCAUCAACCCAUCAGCUGGAGAUCCACAUAGAAAGCAGACAAAACCAAGCUGAGGACACCGGAAGGGGACAACUGGAAAUAGAUAUGAGUGCCCAAAAUAAGCAUGACCCUUUGCUGGUUGUGUUUUCUGAUGACCAAAGCAAUGACAAGGAGCAGAAAGAAGAACUGAACGAAUUGAUCACCCAUGAGCAGGAUCUGGACCUGGACUCAGAUGCUUUCUUCAGUGGGCCCGAUGAAGAGGCUCUGCUGCAGAUGAGGUCGAACAUGAUUGAUGAUUCGUCCGCUCGGAUCAGGAGGAACGCCAAGGGGAACUACUGUAAGAAGACCCCACUAUACAUCGACUUCAAGGAGAUUGGGUGGGACUCCUGGAUCAUCGCUCCUCCUGGGUAUGAAGCCUAUGAGUGCCGGGGUGUGUGUAACUACCCUCUGGCGGAGCACCUCACACCUACAAAACACGCAAUUAUUCAGGCCUUGGUCCACCUCAAGAAUUCCCAGAAAGCUUCCAAAGCCUGCUGUGUGCCCACGAAGCUGGAUCCCAUCUCCAUCCUCUAUUUAGAUAAAGGUGUCGUCACCUACAAGUUUAAAUAUGAAGGGAUGGCUGUGUCUGAGUGUGGCUGUAGAUAGGAGAGGAGAGGCGUCCCAUG